AUGAUAGUUUUGAGCGGGAUUACGAGAAAGGAGCCAUGGAAUACAUUCGUUGGAAAUCGAGUGAAAGAAAUCAGAGAAUUGACCAAUAUAGAUUACUGGAAACAUGUAGCUGGAGAAGUCAAUCAUGCCGACUUCGCUACUCGCUUUUGUGACUGGGCAGAUCUAUUGCAAAGUCAGUGGUGGGAGGGUCCCAGCUGGUUAUACGAGGAAGCAGAAUCUUGGCCAAUGUCUGAGAUAUCCGUUCCGGAUGAAGCUUUUCUGGAGAGACGCAAGACAGUGAUAACAAAUUUAGCAGCUGAAAACGAAAAGAAAUUUGGACAGAGAUUUUUAUACUUUUCGAGUUACACAAGGAUUCUUAGAAUGACUGCUUAUGUUCUGAGAUUUUGUAACAACAUUAAGAAAAACUCUUGUAAGUUGACCGGUGCGAUUUCAUGUGAAGAGAUUGAAUGGGCAGAAAACACUCUUAUAAAAAUCAUACACCAAGAUCCGGAGGACUUCACAUAUCCUAUAGUUUUACCAGACCAUCCUCUUCUAGAAAGACUGAUUUUGCAUACUCAUAGAUCUUUGCAAGCUGGUGUAUUAACGACACUAGCACAAAAUGUUAAUACUGAGCCAGCUCCUUUACCUCCUGACAGAGUAAACCGAGUUUCAGCAUUUCAGAUAACUGGCGCAGAUCUAGCUGGUACUCUUUUCUUACGUGGUGGAAACAAGGCGUGGAUAGUGCUUUUCGCGUGUGCAGUAUAUCGAGCAGUCUACCUGGAGCUAGUUUCAUCUCUCUCCACAGAAUCAUUUAUGCAAGCCUUUCGAAGAUUUUGGGCAAGGAGAGGAAGAUGUUCUACUCUUUAUACAGAUAAUAGUAUGAAUUUCGUAGGUACAGCAAAUGCGUUAAAAUAUUUGGAUUGGGAUUUCAUACAAACAGAAUGUUCUCUACAGAAAGUUAAGUGGUUAUUUAGCCCACCAUCAGCUCCAUGGUAUGGUGGUUUUUGGGAACGAAUGGUUCGCUGCGUUAAGGAAUUCCUUCGAAAAUGUUUGAGCAGAGCUUGUGUCACCUACGAAGAAAUGUUGACUUUGCUUUACGACUGUGAGGCGGCUAUAAAUGCGAGACCAUUAACAUAUUUGUCAGACGACCCCAACGAAUUGAAACCCCUUACACCUGCUCACUUCAUUCCAGACUCAAAAGAACGUGAAACUUUUGACCUAGAUUUAAUCGAUUCUCAGCAUUUAUUGAAACGAGUGCGUUACCUUCACACCUUACGACUAAAUUUACGAAAGCGUUUCUAUAGGGCAGUGUUUCCCAAACUUACGACUUUUGCGUACCCUUUCUAA